UGAAAUAAAUAUAAAAAACGAGAUUUAAACACAUUUAAAGGAUUAUUACUACAAGUACACAACCAUCCAACGAGCUCUGAUUAGUGUUAAAAAGGAUUAGGUCUUGAAUUUGCACUACCGUCCUAAAUAAAAUGCGGACGGAGGAGGCCCCAUGCACCGUGCUGCACCGACUGAUCCAGGAGCAGCUGCGUUACGGAAACCCCACCGACACUCGCACCCUGCUGGCCAUCCAGCAACAGGCCCUGCGCAUUGGCGUGAACGGAGGUCCCGGGAGCUCACGUUCCUCCCCGGGCAGUCUGUCUCGGGAGGAGAGACAGGAACCGCAGGGCCAAGAGCACCACACCGACUUCCAGCAUUCAGAGAUUUAUGGGCUUCACCACCACCACGAACAGCUGCCCACGUACGAGCAGGCCAGGGCGAACUCUCAGUUCCUGGCUCCUCAGUGGUACCAGGAUGGACAGAUCUGUUUGGAGGACAGCAAACAAAGCCACGGCAGGUCGCUCAGCGAGCGGCUGAUGCAACUCUCCGUCCAACGCAAAGAAUUGUUAAGCGUGAGUUCUUCGUGUAGCUACCCGCAGAUAGCUGGCUAUCGAAGUAAACAGCAGAUGCAGCACAACCACCAGGGAACCACUCAGGAGGUGGAGAGCUUUUAUUUACGGCCUCCACCACCUUCCUACUCACAACACAACAGGAUCAUUCCACAUGUGCAGACCCCUGAAGCCCAUCACGCUCUCCGCAGCCCGCCCCCUGCUGGCAGGGAGGUCUCGCUACAGAUGGAGCUCCUCGCCAAGGAGAACGAAAGGCUGCGACGGGAGCUGGAGGGCCACACGGAAAAGGCCUGCAGAAUUCAAAAGCUGGAGCAGGAGGUCCGAAGGAUUUCGGAGGCCUACGAAACCCUGAUGCAGGGCUGCGUUAAGAGAGAAUCUCUAGAGCAGACUCUCCGGAGCAAGCUGACCUCUGAGAACAAGAGACUUCAGGACAUGAACACUGAGCUGAGAGAGAGCCUGGAGCGCAGCGGCACGCAGGCGGAGAAAGAUGCCGAAGCGGCCGAGCAUACCCAGCGUGUGAUCGCAAAACUGCUCCUGCAGAAAGAGGAGCAGCAGUUGAACUGCACGCGGUUGGAGCGUGAGGUGCAGCUCCUGCGUGAGGAGAGCAGCUCGGCGCAGGCGCGCGGCCGGCGGCUCCGGGCCGAGCUGCAGAGGAAGAACGCGUACGUAGAGCACGUGGAGCGUCUGCAGGGGGCGCUGGCUCAGCUGCAGGCUACCUGCGAGAAAAGAGAGAGUCUGGAGCUGCGCCUGCGCACACGGCUGGAGCAGGAGCUGCGGAUACUCCGAAACCAGCAGAGGCAGACCCAGGGUUCUGCGGGCGGCAUCGUGCCGGCGUCCUCAGCGAGCCUCCUGCAGGAGCGUCUGAGGGAACGAGAGGAGCGCAUUUUGGCCCUGGAGGCCGACAUGACGCGCUGGCAGCAGAAGUACCUGGAGGAGAAAACGAUGAUGGAGUUCGCCAUGGACGCAGCCGCCACCGCCGCCGCACAGAGAGACACCACCAUCAUCAACCACUCGCCCUGCCAGUCAUCCAGAACCAGCUUCAGUGAGGAUCUGCCUCCAGCUGGGGUCCGCGGUCAGGAGGUAGAGAACAGGAUCCGUUCUCUGUACAGGCAGGUGAUGGAGAAAGACGCCGUCAUUAACGUCCUGCAGCAUCGCCUACAGCAGGGACGAGACAAAGGUGAAGCGGGAGAGGGCGUGUCCCCAUCUGACACAAGUUCCUCCCAGGAUGAAGGAAGCGGCCAGACGGACGUGCAGACAGCCGGGGGACCAGAGCAGGAUUCCAGGACCAGGUCCAGACCGGAGCCCGUAAAGCAGAAGCUCGUGGAUCCGUUCGUAGGUCUGGACGACGUGAAGGCAGAAGCUCUGGAGAUCUUCAUAUGAGUGUAACAGCAGACGGCAGGAACUCCAUCGCUGGCCUUCUGUACAGGAUUAUAUACACAAAGAAGCUGCUCAACACUCCGUAGGGAGGAUCGGAGGCUGCCGUCCGUGGACGGGACGCUGGAAGUUGGGAGAACAUGCUGAGGUGUUCGUACAGGGGACCAGAUUUGUGAUUCACAGGAUUUAGACCCUCUAUGUGUUCAACUUUGUAAUUCUUGGUCAGAGGGGGCAAAGACUGAUUUGAAUCGCCACCGAUCACUCAGUGAAAGGCUUUUUAGGGCAGCCGAUCCAUCUUCUGCAUGAUUUUGGGAGGUAAGAAAGAGGAAACUGGAUUAUUUAAGGUUGUUUUAAUUGACUCGUCAUUCGGUCAGAUCAUCGCUCAGAAUUAAGGCGCCUCAGUUAGGAGCAUUUUAAGCGAUCUAAGAAUUUAGACACGCCCUCUUCUCAAGUGUAGGAUGAUGGGAAAUGCGUCUGAGCAGAGAGAGCGCUGGGUUUCACACAGGGCCAUGAUGCAGGGUGAAAUGUGUCAGAUUCCUGACCUCAUGACUUUACUAUGUGCCGUUGAAUGUCUGCUGGAGGCUCGGCGUGGAGGUGUUGUGGUGGAGCUGCUCCACCUUUACGUUCCUUUCAUUUUCCUUCUGGCUGCUCUUCGAACGCCCUUCAUCCUCCGACAAGCAGCGCGCCCAUUCUUCUGUGUGUUUACUGUCUGUAGGAAUGUGUGUGUGUGUGUGUGUGUGUGUGUGUGUACGUUUCGGGGACGUUCCUCUGCGCUCAAUCCGCUGGCCGGUGAGCUGCGUGAUGUUCGUGUCCUCAUAUCGUUUACAGUAUUUUAUCAUAAAAUCAGAAUAUUAUAUAUUAAUAUAUUUUGUAUUCUUGCUGAAACGUGAUACCAGACCCACACCGUGUGUUUAUUCCCAUUCGCGUGAGAGUCGACGCUCUCUGUUAAGAUGUGAACGUUCUGGAACAUUUCACACCUCUGUAAUAUUAAAUAUUAAUAUAUACACUA